CGUAUGCGUAUCCGAUCCCGCAGGCUAUACAACAACCCGUCAGAAACACCUGUAGCUCUAGAGCUGACGCCGUUGGUCCUUCGAAGAAAGGAGAGCGAGAAAUCGGUGAUGGGGAACUUCCACUUACACCAUCAUCAUCAGACGCACAGCUACAACGGCCACGGCGGCGGGGCCGCGGGGACGUUGUUCAACGGCGGCGGCCCGCGAGCUCGAUCGCGACGGAGGGACUCUUCGCGGGAUUCCCGCGACUCGUCGGCUGAAGAAAUGAUAUCCAAAGAGGAGAUGGAGACCAGAUUCAGCCGACUUGUGGACAUGAUGGAUCUUCCAGGCGACAAAAAACAGGCCGUCCUGCAAAGUUCCGACGACAAAAAGUGGCAGAUGGUGCGCGACAACACUCGGCGGAGGUACGAACACCCUCCGAGUGAGUACCUGAGCAAGCUGAGCUACGUGAUGGAUGCGGACGGCCCGCGAAAGGCCAGGAAGAGAGCAAACGAUCCCGCGAUCCUACAGAGUCUACAGAGCCUCGAGAUUUCACUCAGAACUAACAACAUUGUGUGGGUGCAGGAUUUUCUGAGUGAAGAAAACGGAGGACUAAAGGAGCUGGUGAAAUACAUGAGCUACCGCUGCCAGGCCGAAAUGCAACUCCCUCCGCCGUCACGCGGAUCAUCUUCCUCGCGACUAACCAUCAGAAAAACAAAGAGUCUCGACGUCAACAGCUACCUCGAAUCUCCUCGCCACUCACUCAGACAGAGUAGCCCAUCAUCCGCUCCCUACGAAGAGAGUUCAAUGGACAUACACGUCUGCGUGCUGUGUCUAAAGGCUCUUAUGAACAAUGCACAUGGGUUUGCAGCAGUGAUGAAAGAUCCAGACGCCAUUACUAGGAUGGCUCUCUCCAUGUUCUAUGGGACUCAUAGAAACUGUCCACACAAUAUAAGAAUACUAGCAGAAUCAGUCUGCUGGUCAAUAGGACGGGCCAAAAAAAUCCUUCAAGCCGUCGACAAUUUCAAGCAAGCCAACGGCGAACAGCACCGGAUUUGGAGAGCUAGUUGACAUCAGUUCAGGAAGACAAUGCGCGCCCGAUCCAGGGGGUUGUAUGAACUAAUCACACUGAUCUGCCACUUGCGGAGGAUGAAAACUUUGUGUCAUCUCAACACGAAUUAAUUACUUGGAAUGAGACUGUAUUGUUGUGGUGAGUUGCGCAAUGCACGUUGGCUGCCCUGGUAGCUCAGUGGGUAGCUAGAGCACUCUGCCUAGAAAGCAGA